AUGUCAGCUUUCAAUGCUUUGAAUUUCACUUCUCAUGAUGAGCUGCUUGAAGCUGAAGAGCAUUCCAGGGAGUUACAAGUGGAAGAAAGCUUCAAGAUAUUCCAGGGUGCAUUAUAUGAUCUCAAGGCCAAACGUUAUGCAGAAGCGGAUGCCAAGUUUGAGGAUCUGUUUAGCAUGGAGGUGUUGAAGCCCAACAAGUGGGGCUUUUAUAAGUACUCGUCGCCAACUUUGGAUUCUCUCCGCUACUUGGCAUACAGGAACCGGGGGAUGUAUUAUUGCAGCUAUUUGAUAGAAAACUACUCAAAGUUGGAUCCUCAGGAUAUUGUCGACAACAUACUGAAGGUCGUGGAAAACCUGAUAGAAUCCAUUCAGCAUAGCGAAGCUGAUAUAUCCGUUACAAGACUUCUCACUCAAAUAUUUCGGAGCUAUAAAAGCAAGAAACUAGAACGGUUGAUACUGGAGUAUGAGCUGACUAAACCAGAGAACCAAUUGUUUUUGCUUGGAAGGAAGAAAAGGGGACUACUACCGAGUCUGGUAGAAAUCGUUGUCCAAUAUGAGAGCCUUUUAAAAGGCAUCAAAGCAGAUGAAUUGACUAGCAGGCUAAUCACAGAGGGAUUGCUUCCGGAAGGAGUUGUCGAAACAAUUUCGAGCACCUCUUUAGAUCAGAUUCUCUCGCGGAUAAAGAAAAUGAAGACGAUCGAUGAAUAUACGAUGAAGGAACUGGAUGCAUCUCAAGUCUCCUUACAAAAGUGCAGCUGGGAAGCUAUAGCUACAUCUCUGAAGCAACUAGUGCCUCAUAUCAAAACUUCCAUUCUUGUGACAAAGUCCACGGAUCCUUACCAUGAAGUGGAAUUCCCAAUUGAAACCGUUACUUUCAAGAUAACGGAGCCUGAUAAAAGUGCUUUAUUAUCGACACAAAUAUCAGAAGACCGGGAGGCCUCCGAAGAUCCAGAAAGCACCCGAGACUUGAGUCCCUCUGCAAACACUUUAGCAGCCCCCGGUGAAACAGGUGAGAAGACAGAGGAAGUCACACCAUCAGAUCAAGGCGGAAGAAAGCGCCCGAUCGAUGAUUCAGAAAGUCAGAAGUUCGUGCAACGAAGCAGUAAGCGUUUCAAAGAGAAAGACCAGGAGGCAACCGAAGAAGAUGCGCUUCGAGUUCACGUAAUCUUUUUGUCUGAGCUUUCAGCAAUGCUAGGCAUAUUGGGCCUUAGUGUGCCGUCUAAUAUCGAAAGUUUACCCAUCAGUAAGACCGAUUCAGACAAUAGAGAUCAGCUUCCGCAGUACGAUCUCAUAGAGUGCUUAAAGAGCUGGAAUAGCUGGCAUACUGAGAUAUAUAUGCGCAAUGAUAUUGGAUCAGCGCCCAAAUCGUCCAAAAAGUCGGCCGAUACUGAUUUUUUACAGGUAAACACUUUACUAAGAUCAAAUGUAUUUGGUGAUAAGAUUGUUGCCAUGGGAGAUUUUCCGGCUGUCGAUGACGAAGGUGCCAUGUCAUUCUUAGACGAGAUCAACAAGCAUCCGAUGCACUUCCAGGAGGUACGCUUUCGAUUACUCGUGCGUUUGCUCUCGAACGAUCGCAAUUCAGGGAUAAGGCCAAUUGUAGACCGGUCGUGGUCGUCCAAACUUUAUGAUGCCGUAGAAUGGUUCCUGUUUGGGGUUGAGAGAAAUCUUUACAAUUUCGUUUCCGAAAAUCUGGAAAGCCACUCAUACCUUGCUUUAUCAGUUCACGAGAUGUUGGUGAACAUCUUGGGGAGCGUCUGCGAAGAGAUUACAGCCAAGAAGUUACAUGGAAAUAAAAGCACUGAUUUAAACCAUCAACGAAAUCAACUGGAAAGCAAAAUUGAGAAGUGGCAUGCUUUAUUGCAGUUACAUAAGACGGAAGAUAAGAAAUGGUCGCUCUAUUUUGAAUGGUCUCACUAUUGUUUUCUCCAAUACUGUUGUGAGAUCAUAGACGACAGGUUGCUUGCAGCCCUCACGUCAAUUGAAAAAAGUCUAACUGCUCAACUGGAAGAUUUCCGCGCCGUUUUCCCUAAUUAUCGUCAUAUUCCACCAUUGCACAUCAAUGCGAUACACUCCCAAAGCCGUAGGAUACGAAUCAUCAGGCAGAUUAGCAUCAUCGACACAUCAGAAAACGGCCUAAAGGAUGAGGACGAACAGCAGAAUAUAAGCUUGCUUCGGCAAGUCCUUUUGCUGGAUAUCUAUCCUGAGAAGGAGCGGCCUGCUGAAAUUUUAGAAAUGUUGACUUUCAUAUCAGGUUCCCCAUUUUUAUUGAAGGUUAAGCUUUGGGAAGUCUUAUUCAAUUCAAGCUUGAAUAAAGGAGAUACAAAAAUUGUUUUGCAAAACUACUUUCAUGUUUUGACCUUUUUCUCCAAAUUCCUAUCUUCCGAUAACUAUUAUGAUCAACCGAUUAAAGUACGUCAGCAGCUACUUUUGAUAACUCUGAACAGCAUGGAGGAUUUUUCGUCAAAGCUUUUAGACUUCAUCCUACGGGACGGGCAGCUAUACGAUGGAUCUAUUAAUCGCUCUAAUUUUGAGCUGCUAAUACGGGCCUUUUUUCUAUUUUAUCCGGUGCUCUAUUUUGAAAGUUUGAGCAAAAGUGAUACCUCUCUCAAGUCAUUCUUUAGAAAAGCCACCAAAUCUUCUACCAAAAUGAAGAACGCUAUAGCCAAUCUGGCUACGCUAUUAAUAUACUUCUACGACAAGGAAGCCGCUACCAGAGUAUUGCCUCAAAGGAGCAUGCUUACAGCCGAGCUGAUUGAGUGCUUCCACCGUCUGCUCGGGGAAUUCAAGUUCUGUGAUGCGUCAGAGGGCAAUUUAUUGAAACUGUCAGAGAGUCUUCUUUGUCAAUCGACUGAUAACGGUUCAUUGGCACCACUGAAGCAGAUAUUGUGGUGCCGAUAUCACUAUCUCAUAGCUGGCGACAGCUUGCAACCCAAGCAACACGUUACCAAAGAAGUUCCAAUGGAUAAGUCAAACUCUUUAUCGCUGGGUAUUUAUCUCAUUAAGCUACAAUCUCAAGGAAGAAACCCCAUGCUGGCCAGUGGAAGUAAAGCCGCCUUGAAACCGGUAUUUGACAGCAUCAUUGAUACAGUGGGCGACCCCAUGAGCUCAGGAAACCAUAUUGUCGAGAGGAAUAAAUUUCUCCUAGAAAGAUACCUAGAAAGUUCAAUAACCACCAGAAUAUUUCAAGAAGCUUUUAUCGGAGAAAAUUGCUUGAUAUUAACUGCUCCCAACGAUGAACUACAGCAAUCAAUGGAUGCUGGCCUCUUCUAUGUGGCAAGCGUCCAGGCUUUGAACUUGUAUCGGACAAGAAAAAAAUCCAUGCAAGCACGUCCUUCGGAGCUGGACUCCAUCAUAGCUAUGCUGAAAACUGAUAUCAUCUACAAUACAGGGCGGUUUGAGAGCUGGUAUCUACUUGGAAGGUGCUACUCCUUCAUUGUCGAAGAUGACCUGAUGUGGACUUCGGACAAGCUCUCGGCAAUUGAAAAGAAAAGUACCAUAGCGCUGAAGCAGAGAAUGUCAAUCUUAUGCUACAUUAUGUCUUUGAAGCUUUUCUAUGCUAAAGGGGUCAAACAUUUUGAUGAUCAGCGAAUUGUCAAAAGAGUGCUUGAGGCAUUAGGUACUGAACUGAUUAGCGGGUCCCAUAAGCCAAUGGAAAAGCUAUGCUUCAGCUGGCGACGACCACAGAAUGUACUUCUACUGACGAAUGACGGUGAAGUAGCAGAGAGAAAGGAGGAAGAUAAUAUGUUGAUAUCAUCAUUCAAUAUUAAUCAGGCCAUACUUUUCUGCUUUCAUCGUGCCAAUCUAAUUGAUGAUAAAUCACCAGAAGAUAGCCACAGAAAUUGGAUGAAUUUCUAUAACAUAGGACGCAUAUUAUUCAAGAAUGACCGGUCGAAUUUCUGGAAACAGGCCAGCGAGAAUAUUUUAGAAUCAUGCCGCCUUGCUGUGGAGAGUUCGGCACCAAAGGAUGCCACCAUUGAGCCCCAUUAUUACCUUGUCGACCUAUGCUACAAGACUGUCAAAGAGGCUCUAGCCAAUCCGGCUAUGAUGUUGGAAGUCUUGUCAAAAGAUAAUUCAUUUUUCAAGCAGGGAGACACUUUCUGGAACCUUGAUAAUAGCUUAACCUUGGAUUACCAGAAGAAAGUCUUUUAUGACAAGGUUAUCAAAUUGUUGACGUUCAUUUUAGCGUCGGAUAAAAAGAAGUGGCAUCACAGGCCGAAGUACAGAAUCGCAAAGAUCCUACUCGAUGAAUUCAAUAAUGUCGAGGGCGCCCUAAACGAGAUUGGAGCUCUCAUGUCUAUCAAGAGCACCCAUAAAAACUUAGUGAACAUCUGGAAACCUGACCACGAGCGCGCAGGAAAGCACUUCGUCUACGCAUACCAAUAUGUGAUGUUCUAUUUGGACCUCUUACGUCGCAUGGGCGACUUCAACUCCAUCGGCCUUGUGUGCAAGAAGAUCCGCAGGUUCGGCUCAGGCAUGGCCUAUGUUAACAAGGCUGCCGAACAUGCAACAGCUCUCUACAACCAAUGUGCAGGGGACCGUCUCCAACUGGAUGAGAAGACGUAUGUUGAAAAGAUCCUCCCUUCUCUCAACUAUCAGCAUUUUCUGAGAGCUAGCGAAGAGCUAUGCAAGACGUUCCAGCCAAGAGAUUACACAGAAGAAACACUACAGGCGCUGAAAAUAUCCUACCAGUUGAAGAAGGGGAACAACGGCAUUGCAUUUGACGGCAUAUGCCUGUCAAUCUUCCUAAAAUUUUUCUAUCUACCGAAGUGCAAUGAGUUUUCUUUAGAGGAUAAGUCAUCGCCUGAGCAGACCUCGGCCAAAGAACUUCAACAAGAACCAAGACAGCUGGUCAUCUCCAGCACCACAACCAGCAGGCCAUCCUCCCAAACAGCAUCAAGCCAGAAAUCGGCCAUACCAAGGAAGCGUGUGAGCAAGAAGGAUGCCUUCGACAAGAUCAGAUUGAUAGUGGAAAAAAUCACGUGA